AUGUCUAAAGUGAACAUGUUGCAUGUGACGCUGAGUCUGUUACUUUUCAUCACCAUGCUGGUUGAUGCGAACACUGGCCGUCAAGUCUCUAACUCUAAUUCAGGUGGUGGUACAUGGCGUACCUGCUCGGGAGGUAUCGACCUUCUUGUCGCGGUGAACGCCAGAGAAACCUGGACUGAAGCUGAGGAGCACUGCCAACAGGUUGGCGGACAUUUGGCCGUCGUUGAUCCAACCACUGUCGGUGCAGCCUGUCUGACUGACAUAGUGGCGCUGGGUGACACCAAGGCACACUUCGGCAUCACCGCAUCUCUGGACGAAAGUUUCCGCUCGCUGCCGGACUAUAAUAGUCAAUCCUCGCAGCUGCGGUUCAGUAUCUUUGGAGAUAGGUGUGCAGCGGUGUCAGUAACCUCAACUGGUGCAAGAACCAUCAGUAUGACGAAGUGCAAUGGAGAGCCUCGCCUGCCGUACAUUUGUCAGCGAAAAGCAGGUACGGCACAAAUAGAUGUCUCACUGGCAUGCAACAACAAGGAGUAUAUCUACCAUUCGAUUGCGUUUUCAAGGCAGCACGCCGCGGACAGUUGUGAACGUCUUUCUACUGGUGGACGGCUUGCUGACACAACCCAGUCAGACAUCAACUGCGUGCAGCGCCUGCUGAACUCGCAACCGCUAGUCAGCCGCGGCUUGGGUGCGAUUGAGGUGUUCACGAAGCAAGUCAGCUCAUCAAUCAGAGGCACCCGUUGCGGGUACUUGAGAGCUUCGACCAAGGCAGUCACAUAUCGAACCUGUCAGCAAACCAAGCCAGUUGUCUGCGAGAGAGAUCCGCUGGGUGGUGGUACAUGGCGUACCUGCUUGGGAGGUAUCGACCUUCUUGUGGCUGUGAACGCCAGAGAAACCUGGACUGAAGCUGAGGAGCACUGCCAACAGGCUGGCGGACAUCUGGCCAUAGCUGAUCCUGCCACGGUCGGUGCAGCUUGCCUGGCUGCCGUGAGAGAGUUGGAUGGCGCGCAAGCGCACUUCGGCAUCACCGCAUCUCUGGACGACAGUUUCCGCUCGCUGCCGGACUAUAAUAGUCGGUCAUCGCUACUGCAGUUCGGUAGAUUUGGACCUAGGUGUGCAGCCGUGUCAGUUUCGUCCGAUGGUUUAAGAACCAUACGUCCGAAUAGCUGCAGUGGAGAACCACGCCAGCCGUUCAUUUGUCAGCGGCAUACAGCCUUGGCACAAAGAACUGUGUCCGUCACAUGCAAAAACAAGGAGUAUAUCUACCAUCCGAUUGCGUUUUCAAGACAGCAUGCCGCAGACACUUGUGAACGUCUUUACACUGGUAGCCAGCUUCCUGACACGACCCAGUCAGACAUCAACUGCAUGCAGCGCCUGCUGACCUCACAACCGCUAGUCAGCCGUGGCUUGGGCGCAAUAGAGGUGUUCACCAAGCAAGUCAGUUCGUCAUUCAGAGGCAUCCGUUGCGGAUACUUGAGAGCUUCGACCAAGGCAGUCACAUAUCGAACCUGUCAGCAAACCAAGCCAGUUGUCUGCGAGAGAGAUUCACUGGAUCCGCCAUCAACUACUGCCCAGCAGCCACCAUCAACUGCCCAGCAGCCAUCAUCGGCUGUCCAGCAAGUAGCUUCUCAGCAGAUGGAGACCAACAAGGAGGCUAACAAUACAUCCACGGCCCAUACAGACAGUCGACUGACACAGCGGCCAACUGCCGCUAUUGCCGUAACGUUGCCAGACGUCAGCCAAGCACAGGGCAACAUGAGCAGUGUGCUGGUGAACCACGGAGAGCUAGGAGAGACCGGGUCAGGUGCAGGCCAAUUCACGCCAUGCACCUGGUUGCUGGCGCCAUCCAUAUUAGCCGUUCUGGCUUUAUGAUGUGUGCUGAGCACUAUCAAUGUCCAGGCCCGCCGGAACCGGUCCACUUGGUCAGGUUUACGCCGGACAAACUUUGUAGCUACCAACGCUGAGGAGGGCAUAAUGCCCCCCCCCCUCCCCCCAUAUUAUAAACAAAGCAGGAAAGACUAUGGUAGGACCGGAUCAAUUGAAAACUGCAGUUCCGGCGAUCCUGAUGUCCCUAAAAAGCGGUAAAAAUGCUUCUAACAAUUUGCCUAUUCACUAUAGUAUUAAUUUUAGUCAUAAGU